AGAAUAAGCACGAGUCCUCAAAAUUGACCGAAAAACGAGAUGUCGUGUAGCGAGCAAGCAAACCAGUUGAGAUACAAUAUUGACCUCUUUCGCUGCCACUGCAGACAACAGUGUCCAGCUGACAAGCAAUGAAGUCAUGCAAUUUAAUUUGACUCAGCUUUUUUAACUUCAUCUCUAUCUCUCUCUCUCUCUCUCUCUCUCUCUCUCAAGUGUGUUGUGUACUGUAUCAAACAGAAACCCCCAACUAAGUUUGCACUAUUUUGUACUGCCCCACCACCGCCACCCACUACCACUACCACAACCACCGCCACCCACCACCACUUCCACCACCUUAGGCCUUUCUCAUUCCCUCUCCACCUUAGCUUCAAAAACUAGUUCAGAUAGAACCUGGGUGGGUGGGAGUCUCUUCACACAUGCAUUGGAUUGGAUUAGAUUCAUAGUAAAGAGCGUUGGGGGUGGACUGUGAUUGGAAUUUGGAAUAUUGUUGAAUGGAAUGGGGUGCAUGUUGUCUCAGGUAGCAGCGAAAUUUGCCUUCUUUCCGCCAUCUCCACCGACCUACAAGAUCCAAAAGCGGGAGCGCGACGGCAAGCUCAGCGCAGUAGCAGCAUCGGCCACCACCAACACCACGUCGUUGCCGGCUGUUCCGCCUGAUAACAAAUCCUUGGACGUGUUGGUGAUUGACACAAAGCUGGGGAACAAGAUCGUUGCUUUUUAUCUGCGAAACCCUUACGCCCGCCUCACUCUGCUUUACUCCCAUGGCAAUGCUGCUGACCUCGGCCAGCUCUAUGACCUCUUUCUCCAGCUCAACCUCUCUCUGCGCGUCAAUCUCAUUGGGUAUGACUAUUCUGGCUAUGGAGCCUCUACUGGCAAGCCUAGUGAAACAAAUACAUAUGCUGACAUAGAGGCAGUAUAUGAGUGCCUUGAGACCGAGUAUGGAGUUAGCCAGGAAGAUUUGAUCUUGUAUGGGCAGUCAGUUGGAAGUGGACCAACAUUGCACUUGGCAGCUAAGUUGCCAAGGCUGAGGGGUGUAGUUCUGCACAGUGCAAUUCUUUCCGGCCUCCGUGUUCUUUGCCAUGUGAAAUUCAAAUUCUGCUUUGACAUUUACAAGAACAUCAAUAAAAUUAAGAAAGUGAAGUGCCCUGUGCUAGUAAUACAUGGUACAGACGAUGAUAUUGUGAAUUGGUUACAUGGCAAUGCGCUGUGGAAAAUGGCAAGGGAUCCGUAUGAGCCUUUGUGGAUUAAAGGAGGUGGACACUGCAACUUGGAGCUUUACCCUGAUUACAUCCGCCAUCUUUGCAGGUUUAUCCUAGAAAUGGAGAACAUGACCACAGAAAUCCGUCUCAAAAAGAUUCGGCAGAAUAUGCGUUUGCAGAAGAAGAGAUCAUGUGCAAUGUGUGCAAGCAUGUGUUGUAGUAUAAAGCUCUGCCGACCUAAAUGCCCUGAAUGUUCAAGACCAAAGUGUCUAAAAUGUCCUACAUGCUGGAAGCCAAAGUGCGUAAAAUGUUGUUGGCGACCUAAAUGCCCAAAAUGUGCAGGAUCAAGCUGCUGCUUUAGAAACGUUAACUGGCGGUGCUGUGGUAGUGGUUUAAACGGCGAGCAGGAUGGAUGAUGGUAACAAUGUGCUUGUAUAGGUUUCUGAACUGCUAACACCCCAUCUCUUGUGCAGUUUUGUUAGGAACAGGAGCAAGUAGCUGUCAGGUUUUGGUAGUACGAUUAAUUGUCUCUUGAUUCGGAUCUUUUUAUUUUAUUUUGGGAUUCAGACU